GCAUUGAGCCAACAAGCCUUCCCUCCGUGUGCGAUAGCGAUACUCUCUUUGUAUUGCAGAGGCGAGAGAGACAGAAGGUCGCUGCUACUAACUGUUUAUUACAGAAUUUGGAAUAGAAUUGAUUUUGAAGAAAAUUAAAAAGAUGCAAAACAAAUGGAAAUGGUUGAUCGGCGGGCUCAGUGGUGCAGCUGUGGUUGUUGUUAUUGUUGUUCCGUGUGUUCUACUCAUCCCUGGAGAUGAAGAGGUCAAUCCCACUGAGGACCCACAAGAAACAACAAUCGAUCCAAGCACCAAACCAACCUACACUUUUGAUGAUUUAUUCGGAGACAAAUACGGCUACAAUAGUCUUUAUCCAAACUGGGAUAAAACAGAUACUACGAACAAUAAGCAAUUCAUUGCGUACGAUUCUGAUAAGAUUGUUAUCAGAAACAUUGAAAAGCACAACGAUAAUGUCAAAACGCUGAUAAACGAUGAAGGAGACGGGAAAACUAUUUCAUACUCUGUAUCAGCAGAUAACAUGUUCGUCUAUUAUCGUGACGACUAUAAAAAGGUUUGGCGUCAUUCCCACACAGGAAACUAUGCAAUAUAUAAAAUAGUCGAUGGAAAUGAAGCCGGAACGAGAGUCAACGUACCUGGCUUUCCCAGUGACGGCAUGAUUCACCAUAUGGAAUGGUCGCCUACUGCUCAUACAUUGGCCUAUGUGCACCGAUGGAACGUAUACGUCAUCAAAGAUUUGGACACAACACCCGUUAUAACCCAAGUUACGAGUGACGGUUCGCAAAACGACGUUUACAACGGAAUUCCUGACUGGGUUUAUGAAGAGGAGAUGAUAGGCAGCAACAACGUUCUUUAUUGGGCGCCUGACUCAUCUUCGUUUGCUUACCUGAAGACUGAUGAUACAAACACAGAAAGAGUGAAGUUUUCGAUGUAUGGAGACGCUCAAUACCCAGAGACAAUUACAAUUGCUUACCCAAAAGCAGGAACUACGAAUCCUACAGUGAAAAUGUUCGUGUAUGACAUUGCUGCAGCCACCAAUGUAGAACUUCCUCCAGCACCAUUUCCUACGGACAAACAAGGAAAUUUUACGGACUACUACUUUUCUCGUUUUACUUGGCUUGAUAAUAACAAUUGUCUCAUAACCUGGGUUGAUCGCCCACAGACUCACAGCAUUGGAAACAAAUGCACAAAAACAACCGGUUGGAGCUGUGGUGAUGGAGUUGGAACUCACGAGGAAGUCAGCAAUGGCUGGGUUGGAAGUUUUGGUCCUUUCGACAUCGUAUGGAAAACUGGAACUGUACCUAACCAAUACUUCACCAUUUACGCUCGCGUAGACGACAAUGAUGCAGAAGAUGGCCGUUGGCAGAUUGCAAGAGUCAGUGCAGAUCUGUCUGCUAAACAGUGGGUCACGAAGACGGGCUAUGAUAUUGUUGGGUUAUAUUUUUACGACGAAACAAAUGAUUGGCUAUACUUCACGGCUGCAGCUCCAGAACCACGAAAACGACAUAUUUUCAGAAUUAAAGGUAGCGAAAAUAACGGAGAACCGGAAUGCAUGACUUGCCAACUCGAAAAAGAUUAUGAAAACAGAUGUGGAUGGAUUACUCCUAGUUUCAAUCGUGACAGAAGUAUUGCCGUUGCCAACUGCAGAGGAUUCUGGAUUCCUAUGACUGUAUAUUACACCAUUGACACCGAAGGUAACUGGCAAGAAAAACCUACAGUGAUUGAAGACAACGCAGAACUCGCAACAAAAGUAAGCGCUACAAGAUGGCCGCAAAAAGAAUAUGGAGAGUUCAAAAGUGACAAAUACGAGGAGAAAGCAUACAAAUAUGAAUUAUUCAAACCAGAAGAUUUUGAUCCUAACAAGAAAUAUCCUCUGUUGAUCGAAGUGUACGCUGGACCUGAAUUUCAAAGCGUGAAUGAUAUUUGGACCAGUGGAUGGUCAUCAACGCAUAUGGUCAGUGACAAAGACAUUGUCGUAGCCAGCGUCGACGGACGAGGAUCAGCAUAUGAAGGCUACAAAUUCAUGCGCCAAGUAUACAAAAAACUAGGACAGAUGGAACCUGAAGACCAGAGAGAUUUUGCUCAAUGGUUGAUAUCACAGAACGAUUGGAUUGACCCAGCAAAUGUUGCAAUUUGGGGCUGGUCUUACGGAGGAUACGCUACUUCACACACUCUUGGUCUUGAUGGCGGCAAUACCUUCAAAUGUGGCAUCGCUGUGGCGCCACUGGCAGAUUGGAGAUUCUAUGAUUCGAUGUAUGCUGAAAGGUACAUGGGAUUACCAACGGGAGCCGACAAUGAUGCGGGAUACACGUUGGCAUCAAUCAUUACUGGCCAUGACUUGGAAAACUUCAAGAGCACAUCCUACGUCUUGAUUCACGGUACUGCUGAUGACAACGUCCACUUUCAGAAUGCUGCAGAGAUGGAAAAAGCUCUUGUUGAGAAAGAUGUUGAUUUUGAUGAUUUCUUCUACGCCGAUCAAGCUCAUUCAAUUAACACUGGGAAUGGAAGCAAACAUAUCUAUCGUCAGCUGACAAUCAGAAUGGCUCAGUGCCUUGGGAGGAGUAACACAGUGUACCCAGGAUUGCCAGAAGCAUAGAGAAAUUGAAAAGAUUAUAAAAAACUUAUUAGUAGAUUAUACUGUAAUUAAGAUUUUAAAUUCACCCACUUUUUUAGUACAAGACCGACAUUUUACAGUUGUACCAUGUUUUAGUUUUUAGGGUAAAAAUAUGAUACAUGAAAGAGGACUAGCAAGCAAAAAGUGAGAGAUGCCAAAUUACAAAAUUAAAACAAGUAUAUUUUUUAAAAUUUAACCUAAACAAAAUCACGGACUUUUGUUGCCGUUAUGCGUUUCACGAAGAUGUAUAUGUUACUGAUACCGAAUAAUGAGUUUGAUACCAAAAUUUUCUAAACUUCGUUUUAUGCUUUUCAGCGCUGUAUACUGCAUAUGAUAUGAAUUUUUUCAAAAUUGAUUUAGCUUAGCAUACAAAACACUCAGCUACGUUUUACAAGCUUGAAUAAUUACCUUUCAAAAGAUUGUUAUGUGCUUGAAUCGUCUCAGUAGAAGCAAAUCAUCUUAUGUCACAUUUUGAGGUUUUAUGAAAUCGCAUUUUUUUUUUAAUUUUUAGAUCCGUACAGCCAAACCAAAAAUGACACAAAAUCAAAACUAAAUCAGGUAAAGCUUUAAUUAAAACCUAAAAAACUAAAAAAUGGUCCCUAAUCCAUAAUGAUAAAAGAUCAAAAAAGUAUGUUUAUGAAAAAUGUGACAAAUGUGGCUCUGUUUUACUGCGACGAUAUAGUAAAGUAAGAUUCCUGAGAUAUAUUGAUCUUAUUGUUCAGAAAUUUCCAAAUUUAACUUCAAAGUAACAGUUCUAUCAGCAGCCAAUAUAUCAAAAACUUGGGGCUUGCAUUGUAAUAAAACUGGUGAAUACUUAUGCAUGAUGUCGGUACGACGGCGUAUCUACGUAAAAUGACGCCCACGGCAAAGUUUCAAUAUGCGCCCCUUGAUCGUUGAAUGACAAUUUUCAACAGCUGUUGUUGAAUACGUUACGUUAUUAUUUAAGUAAAAAUACGAGAUUAAGUUAUUUCCAAUUUGAUAUUAUUUUAAUGAAACACUUUACGAUUAAAACUUUUCGCCUUUUCGCCCGAAGCACGGCUGCCAUACCCCUGAUACGCCACUCUGUGUGGGUUGCAUAAAAAACGUGUUUCGACAUAACUUCUAAAAAUUGAAUACUUAAAUUUUCAGCGACUAUAUUUUCAAUUGUCUAUGAAGGAUCCUUCAUUCAUUAUUAUGAUAAACAAUAUGUGCAACAAUUAAUGCUGAAUAUUUUGUGAAAAUCUUUAAAUAUAAUCAUUUGGAAAAAUUA